AUGCAUCGCACGGUCGUCUCCCGUUUAGCCCGCCAGGGCAGCGUGGCUCUUUCCGAGCUGCCACCUGCUUACCUCGCACCUUCUCUCCACUUCGCGAAGACCUGGACCACCGUGCAGUCCUCGAAUUUCUCCACGACUCCCAUCGCCGCCGGCCGUGGACGCGACCUGAACCGAACUCGUGGCGUGUCGGCCAUCCACCGUACCGGUCCCCGAUUCAAGCUGAGCGCCUCGAAGUACCCAUUGCCCACCCCUGUUUCACCAGAAGAGAUGAAAGAGCGCCCCAAGGAUGCCGACCAUGGACUCUGGGCUUUCUUCCCUCCGUCGCGCGAGGCAUUGAGUGUGCCGGAGUUUGAUGCGGACUUUGGUCGCCCUUGGGCCAUCCAAGAAUUGCGCGAGAAGAGCUGGGACGAUCUCCACAAGCUGUGGUGGGUUUGCGUCAAGGAACGCAACCGCAUUGCCUCGGGCAACUACGAGCGAAUGCGAUUGAAGCCGGGUUAUGGUGACCACGAGGCCCAAGCACGGGACAAGGCUGUUCAAAUCACCCAGAAAAGUAUCAAGCACGUCCUGCGUGAGCGCUGGUACGCUUGGGAGGACGCCACCCGUCUUUACGAACAAGGAGUGCGUCCUGAGGGCCAGGAAUACGGUGCAGAUGUUAUGGAGGAAGAGAUCAAGCCGGAGGAGAUCAAGGAUACCAAGGCCUGA